AUGCAAUCUACAUUAAGGUUAGUCGGUCCCGUGAUCCGAGCGUCAAAAGUUGACUUCGACAUCUUAUCAGCCAAUCUUCAGAAGGUUGAAUCUGAUUGCAAGGCAUCCUGGGAUCAUAUGAAACGCGUUGCCAAACACGAUAGCUCGCAAAUAUUUAAGACGAAGAUAAAUGAAUUCCUAACAGAUGCAGCAGAAAGGAUAAUUUUACUAUCAGUUAUUAAAAAGAGGGUGAUGAACAGACAGCUAGAUGAUUCCGUAAUCAAUACGAUUCGACGCAGAAGCAUCAAUCUAAAUACUUCAGACAGAAGGAAGUCUAAAAAGCAACAGACCAAAGAAAAAGCAAAACCAGUCAUCAUUCAUUCGGAUUCUGAAAUCAAAAUAACGAAUAAUCACCAUACUACUACAAAUCAUCGUAGUCCAUUUUCACCAACUAUAACUGAUAAUAAGGAGAAUAAGGAACUAAGCACAGCUUUAAGAAGAAGAAGGGACAGUGAUCAUACUAAUGGCACAUAUAUGAAUAACAAAAGUUACUCCCCUGGCAAUAUCAACGGCAUAAGCCAUUGCAAUGGAACCAACGGCCACAAGGAUGACGAAGACAAUCAUAUUACCAGAACAACGAAGAAUUUUAAUUUAGGGGACAUUUUAAAGAAUGGCAACCAAAGAUAUACAUCAGGUCUAAAGCAAAGGAUUCAAAAUGGCACCCUAGGCCACAGUAUGAAUGCUACAGAUGCAAUAACGGUCAUGCGUCAAAAACAACUGGAUAACACACCCGAGGUGAAAGACGAUAGAGGUAUCCUGUUGAAUAGAGAGCACAGCAUCAAAGAUCUGGCACAAAGACUUACAAGCCCAGUGAGCCCUACAACUGAAGAUAAGCCCUUAAGGGUUUCCGAUAUGGCAGGCAUCGUCUCAAAGGCUAAAGAAGAAUUAGCUAAAUCCCAGUCAAAAGAAAUCAUAAAGAGCCCUACUGUAGAAAAGUCAACCAAAAUCCACGAAAUGAAGGUUUCAGAAAAUGACUUGCAUUGGGAAGAGCUCAGGAAGGGUUGUCUUCAUAGAGAAUUCCACUUAUGUGAUUUGGACUUUUCCGAUCUCCGCGAUGACUCUGAUGAUGAAAUGUCAUCACCUGCAGUUAAUGCUGCCAGUGGUCCACCGCCUCCUCCCCCUACAAUGUUUCCUCCUAUAGGCAUACCUCCUCCCCUCCCUGGCUGUUUUCCACCAUUAGCUAAAAAUAACGUUCCUUUACCUCCAAAAUCUUUAUCUUCGGAACUGUCAAAUGAUUCUGACAGUUCAAUUAUUAAGAAAAAUAAGAAAACAGUUAAGUUAUUAUGGAGAGAGAUUCAAGAGAAUCCUACACCCGUGGCGAUACGUUCAAAGGUUGGAGGCUUCAUAUGGGACGAUUUGCCCAGUGUAACUGUUGAUACAAACAUGUUAGAGCAUUUGUUUGAAUCCAGAACUAACGAUUUAAUAAUUAAGAAACUAAUGGAACCAAAGAGAAAUCUCAUAUUAGAUGCCAAAAGAUCGAAUGCUAUUAAUAUUGCCAUGAAGAAAUUACCUACACCGCAAACUAUUAAGGCAGCUAUUAUGAAGAUGGAUGCCACUGUUAUUGGGAGGGAGGGUAUUGAAAAAUUAUUGACGAUGUUGCCAACAGAAGAGGAAAAAAUAAAAAUACAGGAGGCACAGUACGCUAAUCCUGAUCUACCUUUGGGCAGUGCUGAACAGUUCCUACUUACCUUGGCUUCUAUCAACGAACUCUCAUCUCGACUUAAACUUUGGGUGUUCAAAUUGGAUUUUGACAAUUUAGAGAAAGAAAUCGCUGAACCCCUGAUGGACCUAAAACAAGGGAUAGAAUUGUUGAAGGUGAACAGGACGUUCAAAGUAAUCCUCUCUACUUUGAAGACUGUAGGAAACUAUCUAAACGGCAACUACGCAAAAGGUUUCCGUUUAGAAUACCUUUCAAAGGUCGUCGAAGUCAAGGACACAGUGCACAAACACCCAUUACUAUAUCACAUAUGCGAAAUGAUAAUCGAAAAAUUCCCGGACAGCUCCGACUUUUUCAGUGAAGUCGGUCCCGUGAUCCGAGCGUCAAAAGUUGACUUCGACAUCUUAUCAGCCAAUCUUCAGAAGGUUGAAUCUGAUUGCAAGGCAUCCUGGGAUCAUAUGAAACGCGUUGCCAAACACGAUAGCUCGCAAAUAUUUAAGACGAAGAUAAAUGAAUUCCUAACAGAUGCAGCAGAAAGGAUAAUUUUACUAUCAGUUAUUAAAAAGAGGGUGAUGAACAGGUUUAAAAAAUUCCUUCUGUACUUGGGAGUGCCAAAUUGCGAAGUUUCCAAGACGAAACCAGCAGAAUUUCUGAAAGUAAUUGCUGAGUUUUCACUGGAGUACAGAACGACAAGGGAAAGAGUUUUGCAACAGUUGGAAAAGAAAGCGAAUCACCGGGAGAGGAACAAGACUAGGGGAAAAAUGAUUAUAGACGUUGGUAAUUAUUCAACGAAAAACAGUGAUCAUACUGCCGACAGUGCUUUGAAGGAACUUUUAAAGACUGAUCCUGAUACGGACAGCCUUACUGAUGGUAGAAGGAAGAGCCAACCGAAUAACAGAAAAAUUCUAGUCAAUGGAGAAUUAUCAGCUGAUGAUGAAAUAUUAGAAACCUUGGUUAGAUCAGCGACAUACAAACGGAAGCCGAUGGUGCGUGAACGCAGGAGGAACAGGAUCUCCGACAGGAAGAACUUGAACAGAACUUUAGACGGAAACCAGUCGUGA